AUGGCUCCCUCCACACCUCCAUUGAGCAGCAGCGGAUCAUGUGCUUCCGCUUCUUCUUCAUCCUCCUCGCCCUCAUCAAACACAAUCAAUCAUCAACAACAAUCCUGUGCAUCUACGCACUGUCCCACCAAGCAAUUCAUCUUUCAUGCCAUUGAUCCCUGUGCACAAGAGGUGAAACGAAAGAAGGAUCGUGAAUUUAUGGCCUCUCAAAUGUUUCAUGGUUUGAUCUUUCGACCCAGCAAGUAUAUGGGCAUGUUGAAAAUCAAAUCAUCGACAACCAACGGUUCUUCCAAUAAUUUAAAUACCGCACUUGAAAGACAAAGCCAUGAAACUCGUGCGGUUGAGACAUGUGCCAAUAAUUAUGACCUCAAUUGUGGAGUGAGAAGUGAGAGCUCAUUUGCAUGUAACAUGCUGUACAAUCUCCAGUGUGGAAUAGACAAUGGGUGUUGCAAUUCUCGGUUAUCCUGUCUCAACUCUUCGCCUUACCAGAUUGCACAUGCAUGUGCAUCCUUACCAAUUCUCUCUCCUCUCAACACCACAAGAACUCCCUCUCGGUCCAUCCACCAUCAAGCCACCAAGAAACCUCACUCCAUAGAGAAAACGUACCACAUGAAGUCAAUUUUAACGCAGACUUCAAAAUCCACUCCAUGUCUUGCCUUGUCCAUGCAUCACAACCCUCUUCCAACAGAAGCAUCUUCCAAUACUCUCUCAGUGACAAGAAAAAUCAGAACAUCUAUUUCAAUUAGCGAAUUAUUAAAUUAA